UUGAAACAAACUGUCAAAAUAAGAAAUCUUCGUAAUUUUUAAAAAUACCUAUUUUAAUGGAAUAAAUGUAUCAAAACUGGAUAUUACCGAAGGAUAAAAUGCAAAGUACCAUCAAGGAGUUACUGGACGCCUUGGGAUGUAGUUUGGAUGCAGACACAGUAUUAGAUUAUAUACAAAACGACCCCAACUACGGCAAUAGCAAUUUGUCCACGAAACAAGUUAAUGAGUUUGCACAAAGGUUGGCGCUAAAAGCUUCCAAUGCCAAGAUCUUCCUCAAGAAAUAUGAAGAUUUGAGAAGCCGCAACACUGAUAACUUGGCAGAUAUUAUUGCUUUAUUUUAUAAAUUGGUGUGUGAUGAGAAAAAGUCCAAAUGCAGUAAACCAAAAGUUGCUCCCAAACCAAUUUUAGGUGACACUAAGCACCAAAUUACCAAAGAAGAUCUGCCACAGAUCAAAGAUAAAUUACUGAAAGCUGUGGAUGAGAGCAAAAAGCUUGUGAUGAAAUCUUUUGAGGAAAAAGAAGCCAAACUCCGUCCAAAUUGGUACAGCAGUUUGGAUCUUCCGAACUGGCAAAAGGAUCAUCCAGCUAUGUCAUGGGACUUCCCCAAAGAGCCUGUGCCCAUUAUAGCUUCUUUGUCUGGUGUACCAGUGGCAUCACAGGAGAAUAUAAUCAUAGAUGAGCUUUUGUAUGUGUUCUCGGGCAUUCCUGGCAACUACAUUGUCCACCAGCCAGUAAAAGAGACCUAUGAUGCCAGAACCUUCUUAAUAUCUGAAGACUUAGAUGAUGCUUUGAAGCAGAUUGUUCAGCAAAUGUUGCCACUGGCAUCCAACUAUUCUAUAGUAAGAAGAUUUAUAGAACAAUGUGAUAUGUGGUCUGGUCAGGUUCUACAUGCUUUAGUGGCGGCCAUUGAGAUAUUAUUGAAAGAUUAUUAUACAAUGCUAGCUCAGCUGGAAACUGAGCAUAUGUCAGCAAACCUUACUCUGCAGAAAUUAUGGUAUUUUGUCUUGCCCACCAUGCACACUAUGCAAGUACUUGCCGCCAUCGUAACAAGUAUUGGAAAGAGUGAGCUCCGCGGUGGAGCAGUACUGACAGUCCUACACGAUAAAACCAACACGCUCAUGGGCGACGCGCGGGCGCAAGAGAUAUCGCUGUUCCUCACCGAGCGAGCUUGCCGGCCCUACCUGAAUAUCUUAGACCAGUGGAUACAUAAAGGGACUAUUGUGGACCCUUUUCAGGAAUUCAUGAUUGAAGACAAUGAGCUCAUAAACAAAGAAGAGCUCCCCGUGGAUUACUCUGCGGACUACUGGGAGAAGCGCUACAGUGUGCAGAGGGAUAGAGUUCCAAAGUUUCUGGACAAGUUCACAGAUAUCAUACUCAGAACUGGGAAGUAUUUGAACGUAAUCAGUCAAUGUGGGAAGCCUAUAACAAAAACCAACACAGAAGAAAUCAAAUAUUCACUAAGAGAACAAAACUAUGGUGCCAUAAUACAGAAAGCGUACGCCUACGCGAGCAAAUCGCUUCUAGAACUGUUACUAAAAGAGUAUGACUUGAUGGGCAGACUGAAGUCAGUCAAGAACUAUUUCCUGAUGAGUCAAGGAGACUUCAUUGUCCAAUUCAUGGAUGCAACUGAGCAGGAACUGUCUAAAAAGAUUGAUGACAUUAUACCUUCUAAGUUGGAAUCCCUUUUAGGGCUAUGUUUGAGGCUAUCUGCUGCUAGUCACGACCCGUAUAACGAAGAUAUGAGAGUGGAGUUGCUACCUUACGACUUGCAAUUCCAAAUGUUCAAAAUUUUAUCAAUUGAAACUGAGGAUGAAAAAGAGUACAAACAGAACAAAGACAGUCCGCCGCUGACGGGCAUCGAGACGUUCUCGUUCGGCAUGGAGGUGAAGUGGCCAGUAUCGCUUGUACUCAACCACAAGGCCAUCGCGUGCUACCAGAUGAUAUUCCGACACCUGUUCUACUGCAAGCACGUUGAAAGGCUGCUGUACAGCCCACCGCUGACCGGCAUCGAGACGUUCUCGUUCGGCAUGGAGGUGAAGUGGCCAGUGUCGCUUGUACUCAACCACAAGGCCAUCGCCUGCUACCAGAUGAUAUUCCGGCACCUGUUCUACUGCAAGCACGUUGAGAGGCUGCUGUGCAGGGUGUGGUUAUACAACAAAGUGGUGAAGCGGUUCUCGGAGGCGCGGCUGUACGCGGACGCGUUCGCGCUGCGCCAGCGCAUGCUGAGCUGCGUGCAGCACGUGCAGUACUACAUGUGCGUGGAGGUGCUCGAGCCCUCCUGGUGCCAGCUCAUACAGAGCCUCGACAAGGUCAACAACGUGGAUGAGGUUCUGGAGAGGCACAACGACUUCCUCGAGUCCUGUCUUGGAGACUGCAUGCUGACCAGUCCUCAGCUUCUAAAGGCAGUCACCACGCUCUGCCUGGUCUGCGUCCAGUUCUGCACCUUCAUACAGAGCCAAGGAUGCGGCGGCGCGACCAGUAGCGCGUCGGCCGACUCGUUCUCUCGUUCGGUCUCGCGCUACGGACUGCGCUUCACGGCCGCGCUAUUGUCCGUACUCGCCAUCAUCGAGCGAAUGGCGCGCGACAACAACACCAACAAGCUGCUGAAUAUCUCUGCCAGACUAAACUUCAACACGUACUACGUAAAGCAACUCGAAAAGUUCUGCUCCGACGACAAACUGCUCGAAAGCGAGAAGCGCGCGCCCGCUUCUUAGCGCCGCGCGCGCCGCCGCGUCACAGCCGUGUAGCGCGACGGUAACGUAUCGUGGCAUAGUCCAGACGCUUGUACACAAGGUAAACAAACUUGCAAGCCUCUGUAAUGGUUUUGUGAAGUGCCGUAAUUGGAAUUUGUUGAGUCGAAGCAUUCAAAACAUUGUUUGUCGCCAUGUAACUUGUUCAUGAGACGUAGUACACGUUUACCCUCUUCAUUAGAAGCAACUGUGUAGUAUGAAAAUGUAUACCAUUUAGAUAUUAAAAUAACUGAUAUCGUCGAAAUCCUUUGUAACGUUUUUUUCAUUCACGAUUAUUCGUAGAGGCAACCAUUUAUUUUAUUUUAUUUUUAUCAAUAAUCUCAAAAAAGUCUAAUCCAUUCCCAUUGAUGUAAUUUUAUUAAUUGGCUUUAAAUUAAUUAACUGAAACAACUACCUACUAACUCAUAAUUUUACUAAAGUAGUUAAAUAGGAUUUACAGAAUACAAUGACGAUUUUCGUACAAUGAUUUUUAGUACAAAACUUUCAACAGCCACAACUAUCUUCUAUAUGUGGUGAUUUCUUGUAUUAAAUAUGUAAUUACUUUUUGUGCAGUAAAAUUCAAGUCAAGACAUA